GGUGUUCGGUGUAGCAGCAGGCAGCAAAUAUGUCGGACAUUAAACCAAGUGAACUGGAAAACAUUGAAUUUGCUUUUAAUGUUUAUGGCAGUCAGGGUAUCCUUGACUGUUUUUAUCUUGGAAAAUUAUGCAGAGUUUUAAAUUUAAACCCCAGUUUGGAAACUUUGGAAAAACAUGGUGCAACCAAAAAAGAAGGUGAAAAGACAAUGAAGUUCGACGAAUUUCUGCCUGUGUACAGCGCAUUGAAAAAGGAAAAGAAAGACCAAGGCUGCUAUGAAGAUUUCAUUGAAUGUUUGAAAUUGUAUGACAAGAAUGAAGAUGGUCAUAUGAUGGGUUCUGACUUGUACCAUUCUUUAUCCAACUUAGGAGAAAAACUUCCUGAAGAUGAGCUUGAUGAAGUUUUGGAAGACUGCCUUGACGAAGAAGACGAUGAAGGACAAAUAGAAUAUACUCCUUUCCUAAGAAGAAUGUGCGAGUUAGACCCACCUCUAAAACCAAAGAAGGCAGCGCCCCCCAAAAAGUAAACUGUUCAUAUAGCAUUAAAAUUAUUAUCUUUUUGUCUUAAUUCAAAUGCAUUGUGUACUUUUAAAUACAAUAAAUUUUAAGGAAUGGUUAUCA